CGACAACGUACCUACCUAUCCAAUCUAUCCGGGCCAACUUCUUCCUUGGACCCAUUGGUAUGCAUCCAGGAAGUCUUUCGUUUUCUAAGAUUUGUCGACUCAACUCCUCGCACUCGUUUUGUUUCUCCCCAAAUCUCAACCCGCCACCCCAACCGGCCGACAUCUUGGCAAAAGCAAUCUGGGACCCCCCUCUUAACUCUUUGAAACCUUCCCCAGGAUUACCCAGUGCCCAGGCGCCACCGCUUCGACCCUCCCGACUUUUCCGCGCCAGCCUCACGUCAUAACAACUGCGAGGCAACAAGCUCGGCCUGCCUUUGCUGCUCGCUGUCGGUGCUGCUGCGGCCCUGAGGCUAAGAGAUUGCACCAGCCCUCGUGCAGUGGAUAGCAAACCACAACCUCCGCGGCCCCUUGACACCUCGUGGUUUUCUAUUCUUAUUUUUUUUUAUCAUAGUUUUUAAUAUUUUAUUUUUUAUUUUCUUCGCUUCUCUGGGCCGUUUUCUUUUUUUGUUGUUGUUUUUUUUUUCGCUUCCCCAGAUCGUCCGACUUUCGGUACCGUUUAUCUUUCACUCGACAACCACACCCGCUCGAAAACGAUCCAGAUUCGAGCAGCGCGCAAGAUGGUCGCCGGUUUUUAGAUGGGCCCAUCUUCUCGAGGCGAGCCAUCGACGCAGCACCAUCCACGCCCGCGACAGGCAGCUUCGAUCAUGCGACGACUGCCACGAGCACGACUAUCGUCUUCCUGCAGGGCCGAGUCGAUAUCACUCGACGACAACAGCGGAAACGCUGCGUCUUCACAAUGGAGCGAUCCGCGACGGGAGAGCGAGCCACCGAUGAUGGAAUGGGUUUCGGGGCAUGAGAGUGACGAGGGAGACAAUGAUAGAAGGAACGCGACCGACAGGUUAGGCCUUAUAAUUGCAGGAAGCCAAUCGUUGCAAGACGACGAGGCAUUGUCAGAGUUGAGAAGGACGGAAUGUUCUGGCAACGGCCGGCACGGUCGUGCUCAUGCAGCUCAACGCCUGCUAUCACCAUACAUGCACAUGCUAUUUGUGGUGGUGUUUUUGGCAUUCCUGGGGCCUGUCUCGGCUGUUAACAUAGCGUUCGAUAACUGCCUCGACUCCAGAUACACAUCGGGGAAUCCGCCUGGGCUACAAUUCGUUGGCAUAUACGUCGAUGCCAUACUCAGCGUCGGCAACGAUUCCUCGCAAAAUCUCAAGGUCACAAUGUGGGGAAAUGUCACCGGUUCGCGGUCGAGGAAGGCUCUUCCUCCAGCCAGCGACACGGGGUACUGGAGCGAUCCGGCCAAGACUGAAGGAAAGAUUGUCAACCUGCCGUCUCAGCAGGGGACGACCACAUAUGUCACAACAACACACUCCAAAAUCGAUGUUUUGACGUACGAGCCUUGGAACAACGAUGCCGAUUUCUGCAAAAAUCUCGGCGGAGGGUACUCAUGCCCUCUGGGUCCGAACUUCAACCCUAAUGCUACUCGCAACCAGUUACCGUCGGUGUCCAUGGCUAACAACUUCACAACCUCGUACGCCUUCACAUCGUGGUCUGCGACGUUCCUCAUCAAAUACACCGAUUCUGAAUUGGUCAAUAUUGGCUGUGUCUCGGCGACCAUAACACCCGACCUCGGCCCUCAGGCAGCCAUAGUGAGAUAUUUGCCUGUCGCCCUGCUCGCCUUUGUAGGUUUUUCGACCAUAUUUGCCGCCAUCUGGAGUCCUUGGGGCACAACCGAUGUUUUUCGGUGGACAAGCAACUAUGGCCGCGACUGUGACCUGAUCCGCCUUGUCACUCCAGGAUUUGGCGACUGUCUACAGUACAUUCAGUUUGUUGUCCUCACUGGUGCGCUGUCACUCAACUACCCCGGCUUCUACCAACCCAUCGUAAGCCAGCUGGCUUGGUCCACCCUGAUGUUCAACGAGAGCUUUGUCACCAAGGAGCCCGGUUACCGAAGCCUUCAGGAUGGGAUAUACGUGGCCGAGGGCAAUUAUGGUCUCCAGCGCUUAGGGAAGCUGACAGGAAUGAGCCAGGUCGCAGAUAUCUGGGCCGGUAUGAUCAUUUGGGUGCUAGCCAUCAUCGCUUCUGCGAUAUUUCUUGUCCAGGCUGGCUUCGGCAUUCGCUGGGUCUACCGCAAGGUCAAGAACAUUGCCGAAGAGGACCUUCGUUCCAAGAACAUACCCUUCAGUGUCGGCAACAUUGUCAGGAUCGUCUUCAACUAUUUCUUACUCCCGAUUGUGGCACUUUCUACCUUUCAGUUGGUGGUUGCCAGCGACUCUCCGCCUUGGACUGUCGGACUGGCUGUCGUGACGCUUUUCAUCAUCGUCAUCUUUGCCGGCUGGCUCCUAUAUCUAAUUAUCACAGUCAAGCCGAGAGCAUUUCUUUUCGAUGACCUCCCGACAGUCCUUCUCUACGGACCUUUAUACAACACUUACUCGGACGAGGCUGCCACAUUUGCCCUUGUUCCCCUUUUUCUCACCUUCUGUCGAGGCAUCACCAUCGGUGCCGUUCAGCCCAAGGGCAUCGCUCAAAUCGUCAUAUUGGCCAUCUGCGAGGUCCUGAGUAUCUUUACCAUCAUCGCAGUCAAGCCGUUUCAGAAACCGACGUCAAUGAAUGCCUAUCACUCCGUCUUUGCCGCGUUUCGGUUGGCUUCACUGUUACUAAUGAUGGCUUUCAUACCGGAGAUCGGACUCACGGAGGGCCAGAGGGGCUGGGUUGGAUAUGCCAUCCUGGUGAUCCACUGCUGUGUGAUGGGUUUUGGCUUCUUCCUCAACGCCUUGCAGACAACGUUGGAGGUUGCCGUGCGUCUCUCUGGUGCCGGUGGCGAUACAUCCAGAGGCUUACAACGAGGAGGUUUGUCCAAAAUCUUUGGAAUGCGCCAGCUGCAAAGAAGGGCCGGGGUUUCUAGAAACAGUCAUCACUCUGCUUCUGGAAUCCUGGACAAGGAUGACUUCUCCAAGGGCGGAUUCGUAAUGCCAGGUGGGCGUGUUAGGAGUGAGUCUGCUGGCAGUGGCGUACUUCUUACGCGGCCCCAACGCAGCUCGUCUGCGCUCGACUACAACAGCAUCGAUGGUGGCUUCGGCCCUGUGAGGACAUUUGAUGGGGCAAGUUCAUUCACGCCAACAACGCCGGGAGAAGCCAGCACCUUCUCCUUCUUACCUUCGCCCGCUCAAGGCCGACAUCCCUUGGCGCCACCUGUAGGCUUCGAGGCUGCAGCAGACCCGUACUAUCGUCCUCCGCGAAAACGAGGACAUAGUCACAGUAACUCUCAGGAAAUGAUGACGAUAGAGAAGAACCGUGCUUCGUGGGCGAGUGGCGACUGGCAACAGAAGCGACUCAGCCAGGCCACCAGCGGCCCACUGGGCGAUCCCUCAGACCUGGAUGCGCAAAUAUCGAGAGGCCCAACCCCGGCCCCCGCAGCCUAUUCGCAGCCAGCGAUCAGCUUUGCGCCCAGGACUGACUACUCCACACGAGAGGUUGACUUUUAUUACGGAGUGCGCGGUCAGCGGUUAAAUUCGGACGCUCCAAGUCGAAAGCUGGUCACCGGGCCUGCAGAUCCAACUGGCCCCAUGGCCUCUGCGGCAGGUUGGUGGCGCAACAUAAUUGGCGGAAAGACGAAAGAGAAGGGCAAGGGUUUCGAAGUUGUCAGGAGUGCGCGCAUGCCACCUGCAAUGAAGGCACGCGGAGGGGAUAUCACAGACGACGCAGCGCCGCAAGGUAUCCCCGUGGCCAUGUCAACACUGCGCAAUGGACCUAUCGAGUCUGACGAUGAAGAGGAGCUCGCCCGCAAGAAGAGGCGACCAUCCGGCCCAACACUACUUGACGACGAAGGCAACCCGGGCGCGGAAGAGGGCGAGACCAGCAGUGUCAACUUACCUGCCAAAAUACCUGAUGAGCCGCCAGUACUUCCGGGAAUCGACAGGACUAGCAGCAUCAUGCUCCCGAGUCGAAUACAGAGCAGAAUAAGUAGGAAGAGCAGGGUGACCAGCAAGCCGCCGAUGCUAGACUUGAGCCUUCUGGACGGGAAGAUAGAUGUGAACUCGCCGCCCAUCCCCCGCAAGAGCUCAAAGAGGGAUUCGGGAAGCGAUCAGUGGAACGCAGCUGGAGCUCCUCCGUUGCCCGCCCUGCCAGUGCAGGGUCUCGAUAAGAAUUUCCCUACCGCCCAUGCAUCCGGUUCGUCGUCUCGGUUGCCUUUUGAACGCAGCAACUCUCAAGGAAAGCAGUCGUCGUCCGCAUCGUCCAUGGGCCCGCCGACCGAGGAGCUGAGCAACAUCGACCUUCCGAGAUCGUCGUCUACAAAUAGUCACGAGGACCGUCCGACCAGCUACGGAGUCGUUUCAAAGGGCAAUGUGAGCCGUAUUGAUCCGGGACCGCAGUUUGCAGGAAGUGAAGCCGAGCUCGUCAACGAAACGACGCGGUGAUUCAACGCGAAGCAAGCUGUUGACAUGCAUGGAGCCUGUCUCCUGUUUUCUUAUAAAUGUCUCAAUCAUGGCGAGUGUGAACGGAGGGAGAGAUGCAUAACAUUUUCUUUCUUUCUUGACUCCGUAAACCAGGACACAUAUCUGUGGUCAUUUUUCAUAUUCUGUCUCAGCGUAAACAUAUCUGUCAUGUCCUUUCUUUUUUUUCUACUCAUCUGAAUGACUUUGUUUAAGGAGCGAUGGCGUAUAAAGAUUUUUCAGUCUCAUAAUGUUUUUUGUUCGAGGGAAUGAAAAUAGGUAGUUUGACCAGAAACAACAUGAUGUUUGUUACUAUGAAUAUGUGUAUUGGAACCG